GCACGCGCACCAGUCACGUGACCCCAGACAGCCAACAGGCUCACUGGGAUUUGGGGGAUAAAGCGCGGCCCCGCGAGCAGUUGCGGCGGGAGAGCAGCGGGCCGAGAGCGUGACUCGGCCGCUCCGGCGCUGCUGCUCUUGCCCGCCACGCAUUGCGCGCUGCUCGCGCAGCCAUGUCCGAGGAGAAGCCCAAGGAGGGAGUGAAGACAGAGAAUGACCACAUCAACCUGAAGGUGGCGGGGCAGGACGGCUCCGUGGUGCAGUUCAAGAUCAAGAGACACACCCCUUUGAGCAAGCUGAUGAAGGCCUACUGCGAGAGGCAGGGCUUGUCAAUGAGACAGAUUAGAUUUAGGUUUGAUGGGCAACCGAUUAAUGAAACAGAUACUCCAGCACAGCUGGAGAUGGAGGAUGAAGACACCAUCGAUGUGUUCCAACAGCAGACAGGAGGCUGGUGGGAGACCAGCUGCCCGCUGGGCAUGGCCUCUAAAGGGACCAUCCUGCUGGUUGCCCUUCCUUAUCCUGCUGUUGAGUAGUGAACAUGUGACCAUACCAGCCACAGAGGGGUCUGAAGAAGCUCAAGAGCAUUCACCAAAAUGAUUUUCCUCUCUGACAUACUUCGAGUGCAACUCAAAACUGUAUCUGCGGGGGUGGAUCUACAACUUAAAUUGGGUCAAUCAGAAUUGCUAUCUUUGUUCGAGAGAAAUGAGUUGCAAGUUUUUUGGGGUUUGUUAAGUUUUCAUUUUCUUUUUUCCCCCUCUUAUAGCAUUUUUUACCCCAGAUUUGUGGCCUGAAUGUUUGCUUUUAGUCCACAGCAGGAUCUUGCCCUGGUGCAGGCUGCCCCUCCCUGCCUGAUCUGGUCACACUGUGCUGGUGUUUACACCAGUGGGGGUGGGUCAGGUGUGGGCCUGAGAAAGGUGAGGAUGGAAGACAAGACUCAUUUGCUGUUUGUUGUAGGCACACAUUAUUAAAAUGCUGAAUACUGCAGAUUUAAACUUUGUCACCAUGUGGUAAAGUUGAAGGGAAAAUGCUGGACUCCUUCUUAAAAAGUAAAAUAAUCAGCAUCCUUUGGUAAUUUGGUCCCAUGUGCUCCCAGCUCCUUGAGCAUGCCCCUUGCUGUCCCAGGCCCCCACCCCACUCCCCAUCAGUGCCUGACAGUCAGUACAUGGACAAGGAUUGGCACAGCAAAAACUGGCUUUUUCUCUGUUCUGAAUAUAGAAGAAAACAAUCCGCAUAUCCUAUGUGGUGAUGGUGUUGUGACGUCUGGUUUCUUUUAAGUAUUUGCUUUUGCUGAGUAAUUAUGGUCUAUACAUAAACAAGUCAGAUUAAGUAUUGCUGGAUUUUCAGUUACAUUGUGGUGUAAAAGAGCUACUUCAAAGUAUGGUUUCAGACAAACCCAGGGAAGAUGACUUCGCGCUCUGCUCUCUUCCCGUGUGUUUGUGCUGUGUUGCUCUCCAAGUAUGUAUUGAACUUACGCAUUAUUGUGGUGAUUCCAGUUCUGUGGAACAUUUGGGGAUCUAUACCAACUAGAAACGUUUGUAGCUCUGCCUGUCGUUGUUCCGUAAGGAUUCACUGACGCCUGGUGGCCACGCUGCCUUUUUUAUAGUCACCUGAACAGCGACCCAUCAUCUCUUGCUUGCUUGAAAUCUUUCUGAAAGUGCUCUCAUUUCUUUUGUUUUGCUGUAUGGGCUUGGGUGGGGUGUUUGUUAGCGCUAUUGUGUUUAUUCACCAAUUUGUACAUUAUCUGUUAUCCUUUACUACUGUCAACAGUAAAUAUAGUUUGGUAUUCUGUC